GUGGUCAAAGCCUGGCUGCCUGCCUUCGGGCAGAGCAGCAACCUGGAAAACAUCUUUCGCGAACUUGAAAGUGCUGUUCGGAAAUCCGGUCCUCCGCAAGAUUCAUUGACGAAUCUGGCUUGUGUGGCUGUCAGAUCCUUGGAGCGCAGAAUUUGCAACGAGAAGACAGUUACCCCGGCGACACCCGAGCUGACUGAGCGCGACUGGGAGGGGAAAGAGAUCAGGGCUUUGAAGAAUCGAAUUUGGCAUCCCAAUUCGGCCGUGCCCUGUAAGCACAUCCGCCUGGAGGACAUCCUCAAGCCAUUCCCAACCACGUCCGCCCACCACUGGAACGGACAAAGCCCCGUCGAUGCCUCCGACCACUUUUGGGUUGCAAGCUGUUUCCAGAGAGGAGUUGUGUUCCGUCACAACGGCAAGUUCUUCAUGUGCAUGGGGAACACGUAUGCUGUGAUUCAUGCUGUCCUGUUGCAAGAGCUCCCGUGGACCUUCACAGGGCAGCUGCCGCCCGCAAGCAAGGAGAACCGCUGUGCUACGCAAGGCCAAGCCAAGAGAACGAUUGAGGAUUCUUUCCGAAAGCCAGAGGAUUCCACAAAGGCCCUGUGCUUCGACAGCCAGUCCAACUACACAUCAGUGUUCAUUCGAGGUUAUGGGAAAAGCAACAGAACAGAACCAGUUGAAAUCUUUCAGUAUACUUUCCACAUUGCAGAUGCUGCCAUCGCCGCAAAGACAGGCAGCAUUUUGAUUCGGAGGGCCCCAGAUGGUUGGAGUCUCCUGGUGUUUUUGUUUCGAACAGAACGCAUUCUAACAAUCACAUCAGCGGCAUUGAGCGAGCUCCUCAACUUGGAGGGCCUGAGACUUCCCAAGAACGCGGCAAAAGCAGCGAAGAUCCGGAAGCUUAUGGAAUCUGCUGCUGUGGUCGCGAACACAGAUCAGAUCUUCAGAGACAGAAUGGAGGCACAACUCCUGCAUCAAGAGCAGAAGAAAAGCAAGCGGAAGGCCGAGACCGCCGAUGAGCAAGAUGAGGAGGGUGAUGCGGAGCAGGCAGAGCAGGACAUAGAUCCUGCUUGUGCUGCUUGUGAGCAGCUUCUCGCUGAAAUGGAGAAAGAGGACGAGGCCGACUUGGAAGUGGAA